AGUGGCUUCGUGUGGGCCAGGUAACGUCAGUGUCAUCCUGGUCCUUGUCCCAUCCCGUCCAGUCCCGUUUCCCCACCCCCACCCCCUCCUAGCGCAGGGGCCCUGCUGCAGCUGCCGCCCUCACGUAACCAGAGCCUGCGGGUUGCAUCAGAGCCAGGGGGAGGUGGCCAGGUAAACAGCGGGGCCCCGGGGGCCGGGGCUCCCCAGGCUCCUUCAUCACAGAGCCUCGUUCUUCAUCACGGAGCCCAGGCAGAAGCCCCCAGGCUUGGCCCGGGUUCUGGUGUGUCCUGGGGACGCCUGUGUGUGUGUACAGCACAGCAGGAACUUUCCUUUUUUGAGUCUGAAGAGAAAGUUUAUCGCUGUGGAAGUGGUUCGCUGCAGUCAUCCAAAACUCAGGGGGUGAAGGCAAGAGGCCUGCCCUGAGACUGAAUUAAAGAAUGAAACACUGUUGUGGGCCUGGAGUUGUGCAGACAGACAAGGUUCCAAUUACACCGGUGUAGGACAAGGCAGAGGCCACCCAGUCAGCUGUACUCCUGCCCCACACCCCAGAGUCCCUCACCCAGGGGUGAGCUACUCAGAUCAGAAAGCAAAUGUCCCCGUUUCUGGGGUGCACUUCCCCAUCCCCAACAGCACUCUAGGUCAGCCCUUCACAGUUCUGGUCUGACCUCCCACUGUUCCCCACCCUGGCCCAGUACUACCUGCCAAGAGUUGGGGGAGGGAACGUGUGGAAAUUCUACUUCCUUCACACGGGGCUUCACCCCAAAGCCAGCUUCAUCUCUGACCUCUGACCCUGACAUUCUUUUCACCCUGAGGCUUACCUCAAGUGCUCUCCACUUGGGUCUUCCUCUGGCCCUGGCUCUGGGCAGAAUGAUGCUGGGACUCCAGGCCGAGGGUGAAUGGGAGUCCUAGAAGCCACCAGGGUGACUUUCCCUCUGCAAAAGAGCUGAAACAGGCACGGUAGUGGAAGUAUAUGAUGACACUGGCAAGAGGCACAGCUAGGUAGGACCACCUUGGUGACCCCCCCCCAUAUGAUGGUUCUAAUUGUGGGAGGGCAUGAUCCAGCAUAGGACCAGAUUGGUCCCACUUGCAGAAUCAGAGUUCUAAGGAAUUCUUUAUUUCCUUAUUGAGCAGAGUCUCAUUCAGUAGCCUGGGCUGCCACAGAGCUAGAUGUGUUCCUCCUGCCUCAGCCUCCUUUAUCCCAAGAUCUUGUUGGCUUGUGAUUCUUUUAGAGUUGGAGAUUGGAGGUAACUUUCUGCAUGCUAGGUGGACACUCUACUGUAGUCUCAUGCCUCUUGUUUGUUUUUAUAUUUAUUUUGAGCCAGGGUUUUAUUAUGUUGUCCAGGCUGGCCUUAGACUCACCAUCCUCGUGUGAUCCAUUGUCUCAGCCUCCAGAGUACCCGGGAUUGUAGACUUGAGCCACCAGCACAAUUUAUUUCUUUAUCUGCAGACAAUAGUCUCAAAAUUGCCCAGGAUAUGCUUGAGUUCAGUGUGCAUCAGAUUGGCCAGAAACUUAGUACACUCCAGCUGGCUGGUGUAGCUGGAAGGACAGCUGUGUCACCAAACCAGCUGCUAACUGUAUGUCACCCUUAUUAAGGUGUAUGGUCCUGGCUAACUGGUCCAAAAUAAGGUUAGGGUCAUCACAGUGAGGUCCAGGAGCCCUGAAUCCUCAAGGAGAAACCUAGCUGUUUGUACAGCCUUGCCCUAUAUAUUUUUUAUUUUAAUUUUUAAGAUAAUAUGUAUUUGUUUUGGGGUUUUGUUUGUUUGUUUUUUUCCAGAGCUGAGGACCAAACCCAGAGCCUUGCGCUUGCUAGGCAAGCGCUCUACCACUGAGCUAAAUCCUCAACCCCUGAUAAUAUGUAUUUGUGCCAUAGCAGGUAGAAGUCAGAGGACAACUUACUGGCGUGGGUUCUCUCAUUGCACAGUUCGAUACCAGAGAUGGGACUCCUGUUAUGCUUAGCAGUAAACCCUUUACCCACUGAACCAUUUUGUCUGGCUCCAUGACCGAUUUCUUUUUGGUUCUUUUUUUCGGAGCUGGGGAUCGAACCCAGGGCCUUGUGCUUCCUAGGCAAGCGCUCUACCACUGAGCUAAAUCCCCAACCCCUCCAUGACCUUUUUUUUUCUUAUUUUUCUUUCUCUUUCCUUUGGUUUUUGUUGUCGGUGAUGGUCUUUGUUUGUUUGUUUGUUUGUUUGUUUGUUUCCAAACACAGUUUCUCAGUGUCCAAACACAGUUUCACAGUUCUAAGUCCCUGACUAUCCUGGAACUUGCUUUGCUCUGUAGACCAGGCUAGCCUCGUCACCCUGUACCUCUCUCUCCAAGGGCUGGGAUUAAAGUUGUGUGCCACUAUGCUCUGUGUUUUGUUUUGUUUUGUUUUUCUAGGGUCUCUUGCUUUGUAUCCCAUGCUGGCCUGCAACUAUCUGCAGUACUCUUGCCUUAGCCUCCCGGGUGUGCACUGCUUAGUCUGGCUUCCCUUUGGACCCUAGCAUCUUCUCCGGACCUUGUACGAAGCGCCUAGGAGCCAGGACACUCCCAAGUAUCCGCCCCUAUGCAAAUGUCCACCUCCAUCCAAUCAACUCUUGAGGGCGGGGCUGCGCGGGAAGGCUUCUGCCGCUGAGCCGGAGCUGAGUUCAGUGCGGCUGCUGCAGUAGGCGCCUGGACUCUCGCAGUGUACAGCAGGUGUGGCCGGCAGGGACUGGACUCCGGGGACUCCUGAGAACAGCCACUCUGCACAACCACCCACGAUGGGGAGGAAAAAAAUCCAGAUCUCACGCAUUCUAGACCAAAGGAACAGGCAGGUGACUUUCACCAAGCGCAAGUUCGGGCUGAUGAAGAAAGCUUACGAGUUGAGCGUGCUUUGUGACUGCGACAUCGCGCUGAUCAUCUUCAACAGCGCGCAGCGCCUCUUCCAGUAUGCGAGCAGCGACAUGGACCGGGUGCUGCUCAAAUACACCGAGUACAGCGAGCCGCACGAGAGCCGCACGAACGCGGAUAUCUUGCAGACACUGAAGAGGAGGGGAGUGGGCCUUGAUGGGCCCGAACUGGAUAUGGAAGAGGGGCCAGAGGGUCCUGGAGAGAAGCUGCUGAGGACGCUGGGAGGAGACAGAGGCUUGGUCUCGCCCCCGCCUCGGAUCUAUCCAGUGGCCCCCGCAAUGUCGGUCUCAGAGCUGUCAUACCGGGUCCCACCCGCCACUUCAGGCUGUGACCCUGGCGGGCUGGGGGAGGCCCCGUCUGUCCACAGCCGCUCGCCUCACUUUCGACCCCCGGGCCUGGGACACCCCAUCUUCUCUCCGAGCCACCUUGCGGGCAAGACACCCCCACCCCUGUACCUGGCGACUGAUGGGCGGAGGCCAGACCUGCCCCCUGGCCUGGUUGGUGCCCGAGGGGGACUGGGCACAUCGAGGAGCUUGUACAGCGGCUUGCAGAGCCCUGGCGCCCCGGGCCCGGCUCUGGGUAGCUUCGCCUUCCUACCACCAGGCUCAGCAGAUUGCAGUCCGGGAGACGCAGCUCAGGUCCCCCUGCAGCCCUCGCCCUGGCCACCAACGAGGGACGCGGUGGACCCCGCCGGGCCAGCUGCCCGCAGUCUGUGCGAGGAGGGUCCCCCGAGCCGAGAGGCCUCCCCUCCGACACCUCCGGUCAGCAUCAAAUCCGAACGUCUGUCUCCAGUCACUGGGACCUCUGGAGACUUCCCCAGGUCCUUCCCCUACCCUCUGCUCCUUGCCAGACCCCUGGCAGAGCCACUGCGGCCCGCGUCCCUGCGCCGCUUGACUCCCGACAGCUGGCCACGGUAGCGCUCUAAGAGGAUCCUCUAGCCUCCGCAGAGUUCCCGCAGUCUCAGCUUUCCUGCAAGACCAGGAGGGCGAGGGCACCCAAGGUGCAUCACUAAUGAGGCCCUGCCCCUUCCUGGGAGCCGCUGUAUCAAUAAAGCUCAAGGAUUUGGGAGGGCACUGUGCAGCCCCCAGCUCAGAGCCUCCCGAGCCCAGGAUAGCCACACCCAA